AUGCCCAGAGACCCUCUAAUCGGUAUUGUUGGAAAACCCUCCUCGGGAAAAUCCACUACCUUAAAUUCCUUGACCGAUGCCGCCGCACAAGUAGGAGCUUUUCCUUUCACAACUAUUGAACCAAAUAAAGCUACUGGAUAUUUGCAAGUCGACUGUGCUUGCAGUAGAUACGGUCUGCAAAAGCUCUGUAAACCAAACUAUGGGUGGUGUACCAACGGAAAGAGACACAUUCCAAUCAUGCUUUUGGAUGUAGCCGGUUUGGUUCCUGGAGCGCACUCCGGUAGAGGCCUUGGCAACAAGUUUUUGGACGACUUGAGACACGCAGAUGCAUUGAUACAUGUUGUGGACGUUAGCGGAACGACCGACUCUGAGGGUAAGAAUACACGAGGCUACGAUCCACUGUACGAUAUAGAAUGGCUUCAAGACGAGAUACGACUGUGGAUCGAGGGAAAUCUGGAAAAAAGAUGGGGGUCGAUUGUGCGUAGACAUACCGCUACCAAGUCGAGCGCUGUCGACACUUUGCAGGCGCAAUUUGGUGGUUACGGGUCGCACGCUUCGAUGAUUCAGCGCGCUUUGCACAGAAUCGAGGGCUUGCCUCCCUUGGAACAGUGGAAUAAAGAGUGGAUCACCAAAGUCGUCAAGUCGUUCAUGCUGGAAAAAUUCCCCACUGUGCUGGGUCUCAACAAGAUAGACCACCCGGACGCGGACAAAAACGUUUCGAAAAUCAUGCUUAAAUACCCGCAAAGCAAAGCUGUGCUUUGCAGUGCCAUUACCGAAGUGUUUUUGAGAAAGCUGCAAAAACAAGGCUUUAUACGGUACGAAGAAGGGACCGAGUUUGUUGAUACCUGCGAGGACGAUCCGGAAAACUUGAAAAUCCUGGACGAUAAGCUACUGCAGCGGAUCGAAAAUAUUCGUGAUUUAGUUCUAUAUCGCUUUGGGUCCACUGGUGUGGUACAGGUUUUGCAAGCUGCUGCAGAUGCCCUGGACCUGAUACCGGUGUACACGGUGAGGAACAUCACUACGUUCACCGGGAACCAUGGAGAAGAGGUUUUCAGGGACUGCUUUUUGAUCAAGAAAGGGUCUACUGUUGGCAAAGUGGCCCGCUACGUGAUGGGUGAAGUCACGAUUGCUGCAGUGGAGACGAUCCAUGGGAUGCGUGUGAGCGAAGACGCUAUUGUAGAUAGAGGCCAGAACGAUAUUUUGACAUUCAAACUGGCGCCCAAGAGUGUGAACUGA